AUGACGUACAACAACGAGGUCAAGGAGCAAGAACAGAAGAUCCUCUUGCAGGGAAUAAAUAUGUACAACAAGGAGGAAAAGGAGCAAGAGCAUAAGAUCCUAUUGCAGGGAAAAGAUAUGCCAAAGCCUCCAAUGACAGCCAGUGGCUUGCCUGAGGCCCGUCAGAAACCUGUAGUGCUGCCUUCUAGUGAGGCACCAAUGUUUACAUUUCAAAACCCUGCUUUUGAUCACCUUGCCAAAUUCCUAGUUGAGCUGCGGGAUGAGAGGGCUCUUCGUGACAACAAGUUUCAGCAGCUCAUCUACCUGUGGGAACAGUUGCCAAGUUUUGAAAAGAAAAAGGCCAACUUUCCAAGGAGCUACACAAAGAAGCAAUGGUCAGGGAAGUUUCGUCGAAGACGGAAACAUGUUGCUCCAGGGGUGGAGAGUAUCACUAAAGUUCUCCUAGGACCCAACCGAAGUCCAGCGCAGUGGCCAAACUGCAACAGAUACACAGAGGCCGCAUGUGAGCAUCUGUUGAAGAUCUUUCCUGGCGACCAGAAGCAUUAGGGACGUGUAUGGACUAGAUGACGUCUUGUCCUCAGGGCUUUCCACAACAUCCGACAGGUUGUUGUCAAGUCACAAAAGGCCAUGCAGAGGACAGAGAUACAACUGCCUUUGCUAAAUAAAAAACAACAACACUACAGCAGUGGUAAGUAAUGAAAAUAAAAUUCAAGCUCCAUGAAUCAUUAUUGUACCCAUGCACAUCAAAGUUGAAAAGCGUGUUUAAUGGUUUCAGGU